UUGCGCCCGCGCUGUCAUACCCGACCUCCCUUCUUCCUUCACAAAUACUCUGCAAACCGCUCAGGACUGGAAGUCGAAAAGGAAAAAGCCCCGAGCCACGAUCUCGUCUCUCCCGAAUUCUUAUCUGAGAUCGAUUAGACCGGAAUCAAUGAGCGGAAAUCCGUCGUCGGGCAACCCUCCCGACCUUGAAGCCUUUCAACCGCCAGCGAAGACCUCCUUCUCAGCAUGGUGGAAACAAUCCGUAAAUGUCAAAUACACCGAUCUCAUCUGUCUUCUACUCUGUUUCACCACCGGACUCUGUGAUAGCAGCGCCUACAAUGCCUGGUCCUGUUUCUUGGCAAUGCAGACCGGAAACACAAUUUUCCUCGGCCUAGGCGCUUCAGGUCAACCAACGAGCAAACCGUGGGGCUGGCUCAAAUCCCUCUGUUCAAUCGCAUUUUUCUUCAUCGGCGCGUUCAUGCUCGCCAACAUUACCCGCCGCGCCGGGGCCCGCCGACGCGGGACCCUCUUCCUCUCAUUCGUCUUCCAGUCUGUUCUCAUCAUCAUCGCCGUCGCCCUCAUCGAAGGCGACCUCAUUCCGCACACCUUAGAAGACGCCUCCUUGACAGGCGGUCGUCUUUUCCUGGAACUCAUCCCCAUCGCGCUCUUGGCAUUCCAGUCCGCCGGCUCCAUCACCUCCAGUCGGGCGCUGGGGUACAAUGAGAUCCCGACAGUGGUCCUCACCAGCGUGUAUUUCGAUGUCGCGUCCGACCCCAAACUGGCAGCUGUGCCGACGACCAAUGCGAAGCGGAAUCGGCGUAUCGGGAGUGUUGUGAUGUUGCUGGUUGGAGCUAUUGUGGGUGGGUGGUUGAGUCGGAGUAGCGGGGGCAUGCAGUCGGCGUUGUGGAUGGCCGCCGGGUUCAAGAUGGUCAUUGCCUUUGCGUGGCUAGCUUGGAAGGGCGAGGCGGCUGCAUCUAAGUAAUGGGGUUUGUGCAUAGAAGAGGGUGAUGUCCACGAGUGUUGUGUAUCGUUGGGAUAGCGGAGAAAGAUAGAGACCUUAGGUAAUGUGUGAUAGAGGAUAUUAUUAGACUAAUUUAGACCAUAGACCUAUUCACUCUUUUUUUCUGGA